UCCGCCGCCAUCGGGCAGCGAGCGCGGGAGGCCGGGCCGCCGCCGCGGCCAUGGCGACGGACGUUACUCCUGAGGCUGUUGAGUUUUUGUCCGCAGCUGGAGUCUUCAUUAUCCUCCCUGCAAUCCUCUUCCACUUCAUCAUCAAGAAGCUCUGCUUUGAAAAGAGGUGGACUCCCAUGCCUGAACAACAAGGGAGAAGAAAACACUACAAAGAGAAGUCCAGAGUUCAUAUGGGCCUUGUAAACAGUUACGGGGAGGAUGAAGAACAGACAGCAUCUUCAGGCUGCGAUGAUGGGGUGAUUAAGCAGUUUGAGAACUCUGUGUCAUGCUCACAAAGUUUUCGAUCAGAAGUAUCUGAAAAAGCAACACCACCGGGCGUGGAGCAUAGACCCAAAUUCAACCAUUUGCUCUCCAGCCAUGAGGAGUACAGUACAGAGGUAUCUGAAUGCAAAGAUCUGGAUGGACUAAGCCAGCUGAGUUACCAAGACAACCUAUCCUACUGUGAAGAUGGCCAUGUAUCUGUUGAUUCAAGAACAACGUCUGAGAGUAGGGGCACUGGGCAGCAUAAAGGGACAAGGAUGGAGUGUGGCACUGCCGAUGGCGUUAGCCGGCAAGCCACGGAAGGACGUUUGGAAAUGGCAACGGCAUUUACGAACCGGGGAUUUGAAGUAAAUGAUGCCAUUGACAGCUCAUCAGCUUGGAGCCCUGAGGAACAUAAUGAAGUGAACAGUGUACCAGCUCAUCAUGGUGCUCAUGAGCCCAUCUGUAAAUGUGGUGAUCUAGAUGUCAUCUUCAACUAUAAAGUCUCAAGUCAAAAGCUUGUAGUAACUGUCUUUGAGGCCAGGAAUAUCCCAGACAAAGACCGCAGUGGUGUGAACACCUGGCAAGUGCACACAGUCCUGAUGCCUAGCAAGAAACAGAGGGGUAAGACAAGUGUUCAGAGAGGACCCGUCCCCGUGUUCAAGGAUAAAAUUACCUUCAGUAAGCUGGAGCCAGGGGAGUUAAGCACCCACGCCAUUCGCUUCCGCCUCUAUGCGGUGCACAAGAUGAUUGGAGAGAAGAUGAUGGGAGAGCAGUUGUUCUAUCUGAGCAACAUCAGCCAGGAGAGGGAAGUGAAGGUGACAUUGGUCUUGGAGCCGAGGAGUAAUUUGAGCAGUGCAGACUCUCAGCUUAGUCUAUCAGCAAUCUCUCACAGUGAUAGCGCUUCUUCAACACAGUCCCUGUCGCAUGGAGGGGUGCCAGAGCUGCUCGUGGGAUUGUCGUACAAUGCCACUACGGGGCGGCUGUCAGUGGAGAUGAUCAAAGGCAGUCAUUUCCGAAACCUCGCAAUUAAUAGGCCACCUGACACCUACGGGAAGCUCUGCCUGCUCAACUCUGUGGGUCAGGAGAUGUCUCGCUGCAAGACCUCCAUCCGCCGAGGACAGCCCAACCCUGUCUACAAGGAAACUUUCAUCUUCCAGGUUGCCCUCUUCCAGCUCUCUGAUGUCACGCUAAUGGUCUCCAUAUACAACAGGCGCAGCAUGAAGCGCAAAGAGAUGAUCGGCUGGAUUUCUAUGGGUCAGAACAGCAGUGGAGAGGAAGAGCAAAGUCAUUGGCAGGAAAUGAAGGAGUCGAAGGGGACGCAAGUCUGCAGGUGGCACACGCUGCUGGAGUCCUAGGGGUUAGCAGGGCAGCCUGCGGGUCCUGGGACUGUGGGCAGUCUUCCCUUGUCCUCAGUCAGCAGAAAACAGCUAUCCCAUGGCAAGCGCCAUGCUCUGACAGGUCGCAUACACUUUAAUCUGACUUUUCAGUGUCAGCAGUCAUGGGUAUUACAGGUGGCAAGGCCUGGGAAGCAAGUUCAGUUCUUGUCUUUCCAAGUUAUCCUGCGUUUUCUACAUCCAGAUAAUUAAACCUAAGGAGAAGCAAUGGGAAUACCUACAAAAUCCUUUCCUUGGUCAUUGUCUUGCUCAUUUUGUUGUAGGCUUAACCAUCACGGACUGAUUUUAAUGCUGUUUUCUUCUGGGGUAAACUCUUCCCUUCCUCCCCUUAUUUAUAUUAAUGAAGUUUGCAAAUAUUCUUGACACGCAGAUAGCUCACAGAAAGGCUAACCUGCAUGCAGAUCACGUUCUCUCCCUUUUAUUAUCAUAUUUCUAAGUCCUAGAAGUAAGCAUUUGAUACCACUGUAGACUGGAUGAUAUAUUUUUCAGCAGCAUGGGAAAACACUCUUGAAUUCUCUGUCAACUUUUAAGUGCCUAGACAUUACUACUGUUCUGUACUAACAAUUGAUAUUAGGACUAAACACUAUCAGUAUUUUUAAUUAGGCAUCCUGUGCACUUGUUAGCCUGCGUUGCCAUAGGUUUGCACGGGAGAUAACUAUCAUCACUUUUAUAUUGGAGUUAUACAAUGCAUGUGUAGAUGCUUACUCGAAGUUCAUGGCUUCUGUCAUCACAAAUACCAAAAAAGACCAGAACAAGCUGCACAUACACCUUUGUGCCUGAAUCACUCUUUCCUGCAUCAUUGUUUUGCCCAUGUGUUACUUUGGUUUUUAAAAGUGAGGUUCAUUCAGGAAAGCGUUUCUGUGAGCAUUACACAGGAAGGCUUUAGAUUCAUGGUUUCUCUGCAGUUCAGUUAAGCACAGCUCAGUUUGCUCAGGGCUCGUCUUCAAAUGUGCAAUCCUGUAAUAUCUGCUCGGGACCUGAAAGGGGACCGUUUUUGGCACACUGAGCAGUAGAGGGUGCCAGACCAUGUCACCUCGUCUUUGGGGCGAGCUCUCCUGCAGGCAAGGAGUAGGGUCCAGGGGACCCCCCUAAGGGGCUGCUGGCUCUGCUGAACUAAUGCCAGAGAAAAGUGUUACUCUUCCUGCCUCUAACUGCAAAUGUUGCAAGGAACAGGCUUGCUGGAAGAGGUGAUGACACUUCUAUGUAGUUACUUUUCAGACAGUAUUUUCUUUUCCAUUUUAAUCUUUUUUCCCCGACUCUGUGAGUUCAAGUCAUGGAGACAAUGAAUAGGGGGUGUGUCUUAGUCUGCUGCUUGACCACUGAAAGUUUACUGGGUGUGAGCUGUCGCGACGCUGUGUGCGACACAGAAGAGGGUGUUCAUCCUCUAGUGCAGUGCUGGUGUGUAGACAGUAAGGUGCUGCCACCUUCAAAUGCUGUCAGCUGCCCAAUUUCCUGUUCUCUGCGCUCUCUAGGAGAGGACUGGCAUUUCUCCACUCCUGCUGAUAGCAAGACACAGGAAAUAUUUUUCUUUAAAGGUUUGCCUGUACUGAAUCACUUCAUGUUUUGUUUUUGUCAUUUACUGAGACCUGGCACCAAAUUCUGCUUCCUACUGCACCACAGCUGUCUCCUUCCCUUCAGCGGUGCUGUGCAAAUCUAACUAGUGCAAGGUUUGGCACUGGCUGUUUGACCAAAACUGAGCCUGGGCGCUGGCUUGCAUCGCAUCCAAGCUAGCCAGACCCUGCAGGGCAGUGGUGUGAUACACACGGGUUAUCACUUGGUGUCCUACACACAGGCUUUGUCUGUCCUCAUGAGGCAGAUGGAAUAAUCUGCAUGUAGCAGGACUUCUGGUAUAGGUGAGACAAAUUAUUCUACACACCAUGGUUUUAUAUAUUCUUAUCACUUACCUCUCCAAGCAUCGUUUUUCCAGUGAGACCGGUGGGUAUGCUAUGGAGGAGGGUUGCCCUCCACUGCCUAGGGAAGCUAGCGUAAUAUCUGGCUUUGCUCUACUGGGGCUUUGUGUCACAAAGCAGGAUCUAACCCAAAUAACAGCUCAGCAAACAAAUACAUUUUUGACUGCACUGUUAAUGCUGCUGUAUUACCAAUGCGAGAUUAAAUGAGCAUUUGAGUGGUAGCCAGCAGAAUAGAAAUGGGUUUUUAUCAUGUACUUUUCUUCUGCGAAAAAAGUAGAGGAAACAGCCCAAAUCAAACAGUGCAUUUGCUGGUUUCAGUUGUUUUCCAAUCUCUGAGUCUUUUUUCCUGAACUGCGUCAAAUGUAUAUACAAGUGUUUAUAAGUAAUCUUAUUACCUGGGAUGUGUAUGUAUAAUAAAUUUACUGAGAUUCUCUUCAUAACUUCUUUAACCUGCAAAGUGUUGCUUAUGCUUAAUGAUUAGCUAAGGGAAAUGUGUAAGUUGAUAGUACGUUUCAGCAGUGAACUGGAGAUAACCCAGAUUUAUAAUAGUGUGAUUAAAAAAAAACCUUGGAAAAGUUAAUUUUAAAAAGCAAUGAAGCAAACUGGUUUUGGACUUCCAUGCUGUUUUCACAUCAAGAUCUUUUCUGAAGAUACAGCAUUAAAGGAAUUGAAUUUUAAUAUAUAAUUUCAGUGUAGAAUAUUAGGAGUCAGAGGAAAGCAAGUGAAAAUAGCUUUCUUAGAGUAAGUUAAUAUCUGAGCACAUUUUAAAACUUUGCUUUCAGAUAGAAGCAGGUUGCUGCAUCACUGCAAAAUUUUGGCCUGAUAUUUUACCAGAAAAACUUGGAGGGAAGGGAAAAGGGGUGAGACGAGGGGAGCACUGUUUUUUUGGAGCUGCGGCUGAACCUGUUGGUGCAUCCACGUGGAGCAGUGCAUUUGUGAGGUUCAUUAAGCUCCUACAGAAGCAAUGGAGGAAUUCAGGAGUCUUGGGGUGAACACAGUGAUGAGGGUGCUCAUGCUUGCUCGCCAUUUUGGGGGGAUUUUUGUUGAUUUUGUGGUUUCUUUUGCUUUUCAGUAUUGACACUCUGUGAAGUGAAGGCUUUGCAGCAGCUCCACCGUAUUCCAGAGCUCCCGUAAUUCUUUCCAUUGACAGAUUGAAUUAAUCAUUGCUAAUAUUGAUACAGGCUUGGCUUGUGCUCAUGGUCUUUCUUAUGUAAAUACCACUGCCCUUUCAGUCACUGCUUUAACCCCUUGUUUCCUUUAGAAAUGGCUGACAAGACUGAAUUUCCAGAAAGAUUUCCAUUCCCUGGGAAUCGUGACUUGCAGUUGGCUCCCAGCUGGCCAUAGUUGAUAGAAUUGGGGCCCUGUGCUCCACUGGCCUCCGCUCACAUGGGUGCUGAUGCUGAUACUUGAUCUCUGCUUCUGUGGGGCUCCAAGAGGGGGGGAGAGCCGUGGGACAUUCAGCGUGCGGGAAAGCAGCGGCUGCCCUGGUUCUGGGACUGCUUGGGCACUUGCAAGUCCAGAUUAUGGAGGUUCCUAAUGCACUCAUGUUUUCUAAGAUAAUUCAUCCCCUUUUGACAUCACUGCCUUGUAGCUUAUUUGAAUUUUCUUCUCUUGGGGAAAAAAGAAAAAAAAAAAAAGCCUGAAACCCCACGAAACUAUUGUGUGAGAAGGAGCUAACUGCACUGGCAUAAGCCCAGGAUGUGGUGGGCAAGUGCUCUGGAUGCAUCUCUAUCUCAAACAGCAUUGUUCAGCUGGUUGCAGUCUGUUCCUCUCUUGGUGUCUCUCCAGCCAGCAUGCCCCUGUCCUGCUAGGCUCUGUGCUGUUACUUUAUUUUUUGUUUUUAACGUGUAUCAACAACAGAACGGAAUGAUCUCCCCACAUUUAUAUUCCCUGACUUUCAACUGAUGCCCACAGAAACGAGUACCUCUUUUAGCCCAUGGACCUACAGCUGUAGCUUACUGAAGUGCCCAUUUGUAAAGGCUUUACCUGGAUGGUCUGCUAUGUCAUUUGAUUUGUUUGGGUUUCUUUUUUACAUAUGUCUUUAAUUACCUGAACCAUGCUGUGGGCAGCUCACUCCUGUCGCUCUGGCUUCUCUGUGUUUCCCUCGCAGGGCAAUAUGAGUUGUGCAGCUCCUGGGGCACACGAACAAUACUUGGAUAUAUUCUUAGCGGCUGCAGAUCCUGAGAAGUUAUUUGGUGCUUUGCAAAGUGGGCUGAUCUUCAGUCAUGAAUGUCUGUAGAUGAUCUUGGACACACAGAACCAAAGGCUGCCAGCUGCUGUUGAUCAGCUCUCCAGCAUAAAGGCUAGGGUGGCAGCUCGGCAGAGGAACAGGCGUUUCCUCUGGUGGCAGUUCAUUUUCUCCUUCAGUUGAAGCUGGUCCUUGGUGACCUUGGAGUUAGUGUGCCUGCAGAGCUUUCUUUCCACUCCCAUAUUUAUCAUCAUCUUUAAUCUGUAUGAUCACUGCACUUCAUCUCUCUGCCUCUCAGCUGCCUUCUGCCCUUCACCACAAAAGGUGGACAGGAAGGCUGAGCAAAGAAUGUGGCCUUCCCUAUCGCAUUAUCCCAGGGCUCAAGGGAAGCUGACUCCUGGAGAGGUCAUCUUCAAGUUACGAUGCUCAUUGUCAAGACCUUGCCUCCCUGAUCUCUAGUCCGCUUGUGGAGUUUGAAGCUUGUUGGUUGGGCUGUGAUAAUUUAGUAAUCACAAAGUAGUGACACCCUUUCACCUCAGUGUGGACUGAGUUAAUGACAGAGGAAACAACCUGUUCUGUAUUUGCUUUCUUCUGUUUUUGUUUUUUUUUUUUUUUUUUGGUUUGUUUUUUUUUUUUUUUUUUUGUAAGCAUUGUGUUCUCUAAAAGGACAACAGAGCCUGAAGGAAUUAGUAUGCAGGAGCAUCCACUUUCCAUUUAAAAUGUAUUAAGUGUGAAGUUUGCAACUAUGGUUUGAGGGGGGGAAAAAAAAAAACAACAAACAAAUAAUAAAAAAACAGCCAGAACAGCCAGGGUUUGUAGAAGAGCUCACACUUUGAAUGAGGCAGGUUUUUCCCUUCAGUGUGCGCUACCCCAGCAAAUACGUUCUCAUACCCCAGGCAGUGACGCUGGCUUCCAACUGAUCUGCUUCUGUGAUAAAAGCAGGCAGAAGCUGACAGAUCCUAAAGCCUGGAAAGACAUACAGGAUAAUUCAGCAUAGCUGGUUUGAGUGUUUAUUUGGAAUCUGGUGCAGAUUUAACAAGCUGUCAUGCAAGAAAUGAAAACCCCAAGCAGUGGCUGGGGAGGCGGUGGGGAGGGAAGGCUCUCAGUGUGCUUGUGCUGUGUAGAGCUGAGAGUUUGCUAACUCUGUACUCCAGAAAGCAGCACAGCCAGGCUGCAGUGGCAUCAAGCCUGAGGUGAAACCCGGUUUCUCUGCAUGAUUCCUGAGCUCCAGAUCUGCUGAAGGCACACAGCUUUUUUUCUUUUUUUUUUUUUUUUCUUCCAGUGCAGAGUGAGCUUGUGUCUUCCUGCAGCCUAUGCUGUAGGCCUUAAGAAAUGAGUGUGUAAAUAUUUUGUCUCUCACAGCAGCCCAAGGUCAUCUUUCUGGAACAGCAAACAGGCACAGAAUCCAAAGAAGAUCAGUCUGUCAUGUGAGUAAGGUUAGCAUCUGCACUUACAAAUGACAAAGGCUAUUAAUCCUCAUGCUGUAAUCCCCAAGCUGUUUGCCAGCUGGCAGCAGGAAGAUGUUCCCGCUCAACCCACACAGCUAUCCAUGUUUUUUCACCUUUAUGAAGCAGAUAUAGGUCAAUACUGUAGCUUGGAUAAAGAACUUGGUAGAUACCAUUCAUCUCUUCUGGCGUUACAAUCCCUCUCUUCUCCACACAAGCCAUCUGUACAAACGAGGGUGUAAGAGGAUUGCUGCAGGCUGGGCUCUCCCUGUGCUGCUCCCCCAAAAUAGAAGGAUGAAGGUGAGAUUUUUUUUUCCCUCCUCUGCUCCUGAGUUUGUCAUGGCAGGAUGAAUUUUAAGAACUUGCUGCAGAGCUGAACAGCCCAAGAAAAGCUCUGUCACUAGACAGGUCUUUAUACACAGAGCAGGGAAAACCCAGUGCUUGUAAAAGGCAGAUAAAUGUCCCAUGUUGAGACUUUUUGAUCCUAAUUUGGGAACAUGCAUGGGAUUUGGCCGUUGCCCAUCACAGGGACCAAAACCCCUGAAUCCUGUGAAGUACCACUGAUGAAGCACAAGGAAGCCUGCCACUUGACAGCAAUGCAGACAGGCUGUGAUAAUCCAUACGAUCUUACACGACAAAGAACUGUGCACUCACCAUGUUGCAUCCAGUGAGCAUUAGGCAGCUGAGGUUGGAAAAGGUUGAAGGCACCCAAGAGCCAGAUGGGAGCUAUGAAGCUCCAUUCAGACCUGUUAGUCACUUGUCUCCUUUAGAAAAUUGGAAAGCAAAUUGUUGGGUUUUACUCAACAAAAGUGAUUUAACAGAAACCGCAGAUCCUUGGGCAGCUGCAGGUGUGAGGAAGUGAGGACAUCACCUCUUGGCUCUUGCAUUUCCUCCCAGCUGUAAAUGGGUGACCACUGAAUAGAUAGCAAAUACUCUGGCAGUGUCUAUCCCCUGUAAUGUCAUACCCAGUGUGGGCUGAUCUCGUUGAGUAACAAGAGACAAAAAGCUGAUCUAGGCCACGGGUGAAGAACGAGAAGGAUUCAGGAUUCAGACAAAAGCUAUAUUCUUUCCUGACUCCCACAACCAUUAAUUAGCCUUGACCUCCAGGGAAGGCAUUUUACUGUGCCAAAUACUUCCCUCUCCCUUAAUUUCUCAGACUUGGGAGAACGUUGCAAAUCUCUCUCUUCAUUAGCAGCUGGGAAAAAUCAUACAAUUUUUCCAGCUUUCCUCACCCCUGUUAUGACCUGUUAACGGUUUCCAGGUGCUUUUCCUUCAUGCUGUCUCCAUCAUUGCAUCUCCCAUCCUCUCAUUAGUGUCUAUAGUGCUCUGCUCCAAGUCAGGUCCAUGCCUCAUAGCAAUAUUUUAUGUUCACGGUGCUCAGGAUAAAACCUAUCCUCCAAUCUCUUCCUGUUACUACGUGGCACCUCAAGCACAAGUUUUCCAAUUAAACUGGUACCACAUCUCUCCCGUGGUCCUCUGCUGGCAUCGCUGUGGUUUUUGUCCUGCUGUAUUCUCAGCUGUAACCACUUCAUUGACUUUUUCCCAGCAGAGGGUUUUGUUUGUCGAGAAGAGUAAAUGAAGUAAUCAUUUGGUAGACUUACCAUUUAAAUACUGCGUGGCAUUUAUAUGUGUGUAUAUAAAAAUGUUUUUUUGUGGUAGAGUGCUCCCAGGCAUUUGCAUGAAGCACAUCUCAAUGUGUAUUUGACUGUUGAUUUAAAUGUCCUGUAUAUAGUAAGUUAUUUUUAGUGUGCACUGGUGUUCUUUCUUAUAUUGGAACGAUACACCAUUUCUGACAGGUAUGAGUAUUUGUUGUCCCACCACUGCACUCCCAGCUGGACACUGGCGAUGGGGUGGCUGGGGUGUGUGUGUGCAUCUCCUCUUCCCCCGCGCGCCCGGUCACGCAGCGGUCCUUCCCCGGCCUCCCCCCGCUGCCGGGGAGCGCGGCCGCAGGGCAGCGUUGUAAGCCCACUUCCUGCAUCUCCCUCCGGGUGUUUAGUAGAAUAAUCCACCCUUCAGGUUUUUCCUUUCAUUGCUCUCGUAUCCUCGGCACAGACCGUGGGCAGGUAGCGAGCAGGUUGGUUUUCUGAGUAAUUCAGCCCCGUGGCUGAGGGUACGUCAAGAGUAAUAGAGAUCUCGGAUCUCCUUUCCCAGCCUGAGAUGUACAAGCACAAAAUUUAUCUAUAAAUUGAUGACCUUAAAUAAUAACAGUACAGACAAAUUAAUAAAAAUGCUGGGUCCCUAACUUCUGUCGGUACAAAAGCAAGGCUUCUAGAGCUUGAAUUUAUUGCUGAAUUAUUUUUAUGAUAAAUACAUCUAUAAAAGGAGAAUUGCUCAUACUGUGAAGGUUAUAAGAAACAAAUUCAUAUACCCUUUUCACUUUUGUAAAGUUCAAAGAUAUGCACUGAAAAUUGUACCUUCAAUCUAGUUAAUAAAUGGCUGAUAUUGACUGGUGAGGCCACCGGAAUGGUAUGAGCAUCAGUUCACUUGCUCUGUGUGUGAUUGAAAGAGAUAUCCGAAGUGCAAAACUGUGAUAAAAAAGAUGAAAAAUACGAUGAAAAGAUGUUUGGAUAUUCAACAGGAAGAGUGGUAUGGGUUUAUUCUUAGCUUUUCAUGUACUUGACAAUGAAACAUUUUUAUUCUACUUAAGUGCUAACGUGCAUGAUCAUACAAUAUAUUGCCUUUCGCUAAUUAUAUGCUGCGUUAGGAAUACUAAUGUCUAGAUGAUAUCUGACUGGAAAAAAAAAAAGCUGCAUCUUCUGCAGAAUUCUGAGCUGAAAUUAUCCACACACACAUACAACCAUCCACACCUUAGAAACAGUCUUAUUUUGUUAUGGUGAACGCUGUUGUUACAGGUUUUUAUCAAUAAAAUAGAAGCAGAUGGCUCAUGUAGACAUGCAAAA